AGCUGGCAGUAGUUCCGUCAGAGCGGACAUCUUGUGGCUGUGUCGUGCGCGUGAGCCCCGUAGGGCCGGGGAGGCACCAGCUGCCGCGCGGGGAGGAGGCCGAGGCCGCAGCUUGAGGGAGGCCCCGGCCCCUCUGCGCCUGUGUCUGGCAGAGCCGGUGUGAGACGAAGAGACCAUCCUUCCCUGCUGCCCGGACAACCAAGAGUUUUGGCCGGACCUUUGAGCACACACCGAGAGAGUGAGGAGCCAGACGAAAAGCACAGACUAUGGCGCUGAAACGGAUUAAUAAGGAACUUAGUGAUUUGGCCCGUGACCCUCCAGCACAAUGUUCUGCAGGUCCAGUUGGGGAUGAUAUGUUUCAUUGGCAAGCCACAAUUAUGGGACCUAAUGACAGCCCAUAUCAAGGUGGUGUAUUCUUUUUGACAAUUCAUUUUCCUACAGACUACCCCUUCAAACCACCUAAGGUUGCAUUUACAACAAGAAUUUAUCAUCCAAAUAUUAACAGUAAUGGCAGCAUUUGUCUUGAUAUUCUAAGAUCACAGUGGUCUCCUGCUUUAACUAUUUCUAAAGUUCUUUUAUCCAUUUGUUCACUGCUAUGUGAUCCAAACCCAGAUGACCCCUUAGUGCCAGAGAUUGCACGGAUCUAUAAAACAGACAGAGAUAAGUACAACAGAAUAUCUCGGGAAUGGACUCAGAAGUAUGCCAUGUGAUGCUACCUUAAAGUCAGAAUAACCUGCAUUAUAGCUGGAAUAAACUUUAAAUUACUGUU